UAUCUGGGUUGUAAUCGAAUCCCUGUGAGGUUAAUAAUAAACCCGGGCGACGCCUCUGCAGUUCUUGAAUUAGGGGCAGAGAAUAUCACAUCUUCUGCAAAUUGAAAAGUGUUUUCUAGUUCGGCUGGAGACACGGCUGUCUAGGGUUUUGGAUUUGGCGGAUUCAUGGCCCGGAUUUGUAUUUUCGGCGGACUAAUUUGAAGAUUCCUGCGUUGCGGUUUGCCCUGGGAGAGUUCCGGUGUGGCUUUGAUUUUUUGCGGCUCGAUUUGAAGGUUUUUGCAGAGUUUUUGGCCUCCGGCGGUCUUGUAUUCGCCCAGUUGGACGCUGAUUGGUUCAGGAGCAGCUUUGGAAUUUAUUUAAUGCUGUGUUUUUGAUGGUCCGAUUGAUCGUGGGUUUGAUUCUUUUUCUGUUUUAAAAUCGGCUUCGGAAUCACAGCAAUCCGGUUGAGAUCGAUAAGGUGAAGAAAGAGAGAGCCAAAAAAGGAUCGAGAAAUAUAUCAGGCGGGAGAUCGAUCCUAUUCUUUGUUCUAGAGAGAUCGAUCCCAUUCUUUGUUCUUGAGAGAUCGAUCCUAUUCUUUGUUCUCGAGCGUGCAAAUCAAAAUUUUCAGACACCCAUCUGCAAUAAGUAGAGGCUGGUUAGAAGCAUCCAAGAGGCGGCGCGUUCAUUUUUAUUUUUUUUGGAGCUUCAGAAACGCCCUCAUUUGAGAGCUUUUGGAAACCCUAUUUAGGGUUUGUUUUAUUUCAAGUAUCAGAAGCCCUAAUUUGGGGUCUGAUCCACCGAGACGCGGGUUCGAUAGAAGUGGCACCAGGACUUGAAGAGUGAAGUGGCACGACAAGAAGACAAAGGAAAGAGAAGAAGAAAGACGUUGAUUUAUUGUGACAAUCAGAAGAUAAUAAGUUGUAUUGUCUAUCAAAUUUUUCUUUGUUUUCUGGAAGGCCUCAAUUGAUUUGGCCUUGAAACGUUCAUUUUUCUUUUUUUGUCUCGAGACAAAAUAAUUUUAUUGUUGUUGUUGGAUUUUUACUAUUUGAGCAGAGAGAUCCACAACCAAAAAAAAAGUUAGAAAAAAAAAGUUAUAAUCAUGGCUGUGUAUUAUAAGUUUAAAAGUGCAAAAGAUUAUGACUCUGUUCCUAUUGAAGGCCAAUUUAUAUCUGUUGCCAUUUUGAAAGAGAAAAUUUUUGAGUCCAAGCAUUUGGGAAGGGGUACUGAUUUUGAUCUCGUGAUCUCCAACGCUCAAACAAAUGAAGAGUAUCUUGAUGAGGGAAUGCUGGUGCCCAAAAAUACUUCUGUUUUAGUGCGCCGAGUUCCAGGAAGACCUCGAAUGCCAAUUGUGACAGAGAAGAAAGAAGAGCCCAAAGAAAUUGAAAUUCCCAAAGAUCAAGUUUAUCCAUCUAAGAAUGGUUUUCUGACACCUGAUCAAUCUCAGUUCAAAUUUCCGGAUGAAGAAUCAGAAUGGGAUGAAUUUGGGAAUGAUUUGUAUGCACUACCUGAGGUGCCUCAAGUGUUACAGACUCAGACACAGUCUCAACCAAUUAUUCCAAAUAAAGCUGAUGAAGACAGCAAGAUUAGGGCUUUUGUUGAUUCAACUGCAUCAGAUUGGCAGCGGCAAACACAGGAAAGUUAUGCUGGAAGGGGUUAUGGUCGAGGUUCAGGAGGAAGGGGUCUAGCAGGAAGAGGAUUUGGUCGUGGAAUGGAACGGAAAACACCACCACAAGGCUAUGUCUGUCAUAGAUGUAAAGUUCCAGGACAUUUCAUCCAACAUUGCCCAACAAAUGGGGAUCCCAAUUUCGACAUUAAAAGGGUGAAGCCUCCAACAGGCAUUCCAAAGUCCAUGCUGGUUGCAAACCCAGAUGGCUCCUAUGCACUGCCAAGUGGGGCAGUUGCCGUGCUGAGGCCCAAUGAAGCUGCUUUUGAGAAGGAAGUUGAGGGGCUUCCAUCUGGUCGCUCUGUUGGUGAUCUGCCACCUGAAUUACAUUGCCCAUUAUGUAAAGAAGUAAUGAAGGAUGCUGUUCUCACUAGCAAAUGCUGCUUCAAAAGCUACUGUGACAAAUGCAUUAGGGACUACAUUUUAUCAAAAUCCAAGUGUAUAUGUGGAGCAACAAGCAUCCUUGCAGAUGAUCUAUUACCAAAUAUGACUCUUCGUGAUGCCAUAAACCGAAUUUUGGAGACCACUACUAGCAGUGCAGAAAAUGCUGGCAGCUGGCUACAAGUUCAAGAUAUGGAGUCAGCUCGCUGCCCGAGGCCCAAACUACCAUCACCGUCUCUUUCAGGAUGCACAAAAGAAGUGCAUACAGUGCCUGCAAAGUCAGAUGUGCCAGAUUUGAAAGAAGAAAAUAUCCGUGAAAAAACACCUGUCAAUAUGCCACAGCAGUCAUCAGAAAGGAAUCGGUCAACAAAAAUUCCAGAACAGUUGGAGGAAACACCAGAGUCAAUGAGCACAAAAGAGCUUUUGUCACAGGAAAGUGCCCCGAUGGUUGGUGAAGAAGUUCAACAGAAGCCUGCUGGUAGUGAGCCUGUGAAGAAGAAGAAAAAGAAGCGAGCUCGGCAACUACCAUCAUCAAAUGAGACCCAAUGGAGAGGAGCUCAAGAUUUUGGGGCUGAAGGUUCUAUAAUGCCUUAUGCUCCCACUUCAUAUAAUCCUUUCUGGCCGGCAACACAGUGGGGUGCGGAUGGUUACAUGGCUUCUGCUGGAAGCAUUGUCCCAUUCAUGGGUUAUGGUCAAGGUCCUUGUGAUACAUCUUUUGGAGCAAUGGUGCCAUCUGAUAUGUAUGCAGCACAAGGAUAUAUGCAAGGUUUUGUUCCUCCUGUUCAAAGGGAUUAUAUUGAUUAUGGUAUGAACACUUACGAUGGUGGACGUGUAAUGAGUAGAGAGGAGUUUGAAGCUAGAAAAGCUGAUCUGAGGAAGAAGCGAGAACAGGAGCAACGACACAAUAGCAGGGAUCAUGCAAGGGAUAUAUCUGCCAAUGGUGGUGAUGUGGUGCUGCCAAAGCAUAAACUGGCUUGUUGUACAUGCAGAGAGUUUCAUCACAGGCAACAGCUACACUGGUGAGGGAGGACAGAGGAUUGAGUACUGAACGGCAUCGAGAAUCUGAACCAUCACAAUCUCCUAGGUCUCAGACAAAGAGAAAAGCUGACAGGGAUGACUUUCAAAUGAAGGAGGGUCGGUACCCUACAGAUGGAAAAUUAGAUUCCCAGGUCAUUUCUGACGUUGAAAUGAACAAAACAUUUAAACCAAGCUUUGCUGGAAGGGCGGAUAAGAAGCAGAAGGGCAGUGUUUUUUCGCGGAUAAGUUUUCCAGAAGAUGCCAGUGGGCAAGCCAAGAAAAGAAAUAUUGGUUCUCAUGAUGGUACAAAUGGAUUCAGGGAUCAUGAGAGUACGUUUAGAAAUUUGAACAGCAGCAAGUCACAUUAUGAUGAUGGCAAUCCUGUAAAAAGGGUCGUGAAUGGGAGGAGAUAUAUGCAUGAUGAUGAUUUGAGUGACAGGUGGCAGUGAAAAUAUUUAGAGUACAGGUUGAAUAAACAAUUCGGCCAACGAGAGAUCACUGUGCCACUUGAGCAGCUAGCAUAGCCAUCAGAGUGAUUUCUAUUUGUGGAAAGUGUAAAAAAUGUUUUGUAGACCUCGUCUAAAAAAUAGAAUCACCUGCAUUUAGAGCAUAAGCUAUUUUUUUAAUCAUUUCUGUAAGGAUUUAUUUUUAAUACAAAAUGACUUAUUUUUGUGUUUUUUAAAAA